CCCCGGAAGUCAGGGGGCCAGCCGGAAAGAGACCGGGAGGAACGGAGACGUCCCACUCCCGCUACGGUGGCCUGAAAGGAGUGGCGAAGGCGGCUGGAUAGAGUUUAUGAUUUCUGGGGCUCACAGUCGUGAUGUCUUUCAAGAGGGAAGGAGACGAUUGGAGUCAACUCAAUGUGCUCAAAGUAGGCGGAGAGGAGUGCAUCCGAAGCAGCUUCACCUGCCCUCUGAAGGCCUUAAAGGAGCUGUUUUGUUGCUGUUGGCAACAACUGGGGGGCGGGGCGGAGGGAACCAAAAGACUAGGCGUGGUGGUGACCCCUUCCUCGCCGCAGAUAAACGAAGAGUCGGGGACCUGCUUGCCAGUUACAUCCCAGAGGAUGAGGCGCUGAUGCUACGGGAUGGACGCUUUGCUUGUGCCAUCUGUCCCCACCGGCCUGUCCUGGACACUCUGGCCAUGCUGACUGCCCACCGUGCAGGCAAAAAACAUCUGUCCAGCUUGCAGCUUUUCUAUGGCAAGAAGCCACCAGGAAAGGGCACAGAGCAGAAUCCAAGACAGCAUAAUGAACUCAGGAGAGAAGAGACCACAGCAGAGGCUCCUCUCUUAACCCAGACUCGACUUAUCACUCAGAGUGCUCUGCACAGAGCUCCUCACUAUAACAGUUGCUGCCGCCGAAGGUACAGACCAGAAGCCCCUCGUCCCUCUGUCUCUCGUCCCCCUUUGCCACCCCCAGAGGUUGAACCCCAAGGUGGGAAGAUCAAUAGAGAACCUGAGCCUGAGGCUGGUUCACAGACCAAGGAGUCAGCCACUGUCUCAUCCCCCGCACCUAUGAGUCCCACAAGAAGACGGGCCCUGGAUCAUUAUCUCACCCUUCGAAGCUCUGGAUGGAUCCCAGAUGGACGAGGUCGAUGGAUAAAAGAUGAAAAUGUUGAGUUUGACUCUGAUGAGGAGGAACCCCCUGAUCUCCCCUUGGACUGACAUCCUCUUUCCCCAUUCAUUUCACAAAUAAACUACAGCAAGCGCUGGGAGCCCAGCUUUC